AUGGGUAUUGAUAAUAAUAAUAGAGAAAUUACAUAGUAUGAAUAAAAUGAAUUGCAAAAAAUAUUAUGUGUCAUAAAAGAUAAAUUCAUAGUCUUGAAAAUUAAAUUAGUAAUAUUUAAAAGGAAGAAGGAGCUUUAUAAAAUGAAAAUGAUGCAAUAUUUUAUCAAAGAAAAAUAGUAAAUCUUAAGGGAUUAAUUCCUUUAAAUUUCUCCUGAAAAUUUUCAAUUUGCUGAUGAUUAUUUUAUUAAGUUAUAUCACAUUUUGAAAACUUAUCUUUCUAGAAAAUAAAAAGCAAGAAUAGAUAUACCUAUUUAUAUUAAAAAGAAUAAAUAAUAAAUUUAACAAUUGAAAGUUUUUUUAUAAACAAUCUAAAAUAAAACUGCAGCUUUAAAAUAUGAAUAUAUUGUUUAGAUCGUGUAUUUGUUGCAUAAAAAAAUUAUAGGAAAAACAAAAUGAAUAAGUAAUUUUUUUCUUAUGUUUAGUUUUGCAUUUAUCAUUCUGACCAACUUAAUUAUUUUUCUUGUAGAACUUGGGAAGCAGAUGAAUAUUUUACAUGCUUUUAUCAAUGUGGAGAUUGA